UUUACCAGCAUAAUUUGCCAAGAUGACACAACAUCUCCAGGAAAUCAUUUCCCAGUUUGUGACUGGUCUGAAAAAUAAGAAUGAAGAUGUCAGGAACAAAGCUGCCAUGGAUCUAUAUCGCUUUGUGGUCACAGAACUACGGGAAAUGCCAUCCGAGUACCACACAACCUUCAUGGACAAGUUCAACCAUUUCAUUUUUGAGAUGGUAUCUAGCUCUGACAUGAAUGAACGUAAAGGCGGCAUACUAGCUAUAGUAAGUCUGACAGGAGUUGACGUUGGGAACAGGUCUACAAGAAUAAGUAGAUUUUCAAAUUAUCUACGGAACCUUCUGCCGUCUAAUGAUGUAUCAGUGAUGGAGAUGGCUGCCCGAGCUGUGGGCUGGCUGGCUUUUUCUUCUGGGUCGUAUGCUGCAGAGUAUGUGGAGCAUGAAGUGAAACGUGCACUUGAAUGGUUAACGGGUGAUCGACAGGAAAGCAAGCGACUAGCUGCAGUCCUGGUUCUGAAAGAGCUUGCAGUUAACACACCUACAUUCUUCUUUCAACAAGUGCAGCAAUUCUUUGAUUGCAUUUUCAAUGCUGUAAGAGAUCCAAAGCCAAACAUUCGAGAAGGAGCUGUAGCAGCUUUAAGGGCCGCUCUGGCCGUUACCUCACAACGAGAGAGCAAGGCCACUCAGAAGGCACAAUGGUACAAGCAAUGUUAUGAUGAGGCUGUGAAACUGUAUGAUGAGAUGCAAGGGCGAGAGAAGAAGCUAUCUCGAGAUGACUGGGCUCAUGGAUCAUUGCUCAUCAUGAAUGAAAUAUUGAGAUGCAGCAAUAUUGAGGGAGAGAGAUUAAGAAUGGAAAUGGAGGACAUAACAAACCAGCAGUACCAACAUGAAAGAACUCUUAAGGAGAUGUCUAAGACCCACAAGUCUCCCUCUAGUUCUUUGGCUCUUCAGCCCUCAAGUUCUCUCGCUCUGCAGCAGUUUCAACACAAAGCUUUCCCCAUCAACAACUUUAUGUCUGGGAAUCGACAAAACCAGCAGAAGAUUAGCUUUGAAAGCCGUACUGCCAAACAAUUAGUCGAGAGUCACUUUGACAAGGUGUGCGCCUUACUACUGCGACACAGAAACAGUAAGAGUGUGCACAUUCAGUUGAUUCUACAAGUCAUCUUUCCACGCCUAGCGGCCUUCAAGCCUCAAGAAUUCUCCAAACUGUACCUAGAUGAAACAAUAAGCUUCCUGCUGGGCUCUCUAAAGACAACACGUGACAAAACAUCCACCUUCCAAGCCAUUGGACUUCUAGCCAUCUCAGUCCAGGACAACAUUGUGCGAUAUCUACCAGGGAUUCUGGACGUCAUCAGGGCUUCCCUGCCACCUAAAGACUUACCAGCCAAGAAACAGAAGAAUGUGAUAGUGGAUCCAGCCGUGUUUACGUGUAUCAGUAUGUUGGCCAGGGCAGUUGGUCCAGCAAUGAUAAAGGAUGUUAGAGAUUUGUUAGACUCCAUGUUUGCUACUGGUUUAAGUCCUGCCCUGACAGCAGCCCUACGUGACCUGGCCACACAAAUACCUCAACUGAAGAAAGAGAUUCAGGAGGGGCUCCUGAAGAAUUUGUCACUCAUUUUGAUGGGGAGACAACUCAGGCACCCAGGGGCACCUAAAAGUCCUGUAAUGCCCCUCCCUCUGUCAGCCUCCCUGACAAAUCUAGCAGACAUUCAAGAUGCCACAAGCAUUACACUAGCCUUGAAAACCCUUGGAAGUUUUGAUUUUGAAGGUCAUUCUCUGACCCAGUUUGUACAGCACUGUGCUGAGCAGUACCUAUCGAGUGACCACAAAGAGAUCCGUAUGGAGGCUGUUCGUACUUGUGCCAGACUGCUUACACCACUCCUCCAGUUAUUAGCGAACAGUCAGGGACAGAUCAGCAUUGCAGCCAUGAACACUGUGGCAGAGGUGUUGCAUAAACUCCUGGUAGUGGGCAUUACAGACACAGAUUCAGACAUAAGGUAUUGUGUUCUGGUGUCCAUGGAUGACCGAUUUGACCCACAUCUUGCCCAAGCUGAAAAUUUAUCAGCCUUGUUUGUAGCCCUGAAUGAUGAAGUUUUUGAGAUCCGAGAGCUGGCUAUUUGUAUCAUAGGCCGUCUUAGUAGUAAAAACCCAGCCUAUGUGAUGCCAUCUCUGAGGAAAACUCUCAUUCAGAUCAGGACUGAAUUAGAGUACAGUGGAGUUGGAAGAAAUAAAGAACAAGCUGCCAAAAUGCUUGGACACCUGGUGGCCAAUGCGGCUCGCCUGGUCCGGCCUUACAUGGAGCCCAUACUGAAUGCCCUGAUCCCAAAACUGAAGGAGCCUGAUCCCAAUCCCAAUGUCACCAUCAGUGUACUUGUAGCCAUAGGGGAACAGGCACAGGUCAGUGGGACCGAGAUGAGAAAGUGGAUGGAUGAGUUACUUCCCUUGAUAUUAGAAAUGCUGCAGGACUCCUCAUCUUUGCAGAAAAGAGAGGUUGCCCUUUGGACACUGGGACAGCUGGUGGAGAGUACGGGGUAUGUGAUUGAGCCUUACAAGCGGUAUCCUUCUCUGCUCGAAGUCCUCCUUAACUUCCUUAAAACAGAGCAAGCUACAGGAAUCAGAAGGGAGGUGAUUCGUGUGUUGGGUUUGCUUGGAGCCCUAGAUCCACACAAACAUAAGAUGAAUCAGGGUGUGAUACAGAGAACAGAACCCAAUGCUGUCAGUAUGUCUGAUGUUAAAUCCUCCUCUGACAGUACACAGCCAGAAAACACGAGUGAAAUGUUGGCCAACAUGACUGCCUCCACCACUUUAGAAGAGAUCUAUCCAGCCAUUGCCAUAGCAACUUUGAUGCGGAUUAUCCGUGAUCCUUCACUUUCCCAGCACCAUACAAUGGUGGUCCAGGCAAUCACCUUCAUCUUCAAGAGUCUGGGGAUUAAGUGUGUUCCCUAUAUUCAGCAAGUUAUUCCAGCUUACCUGUUGGUCAUCCGCUCAGCUGAUCAAACAUUUAGAGAGUUUCUAUUCCAACAACUAGGAGUCAUCAUUGCCAUCGUCAAACAGCACAUAAGGAAUUAUCUAGAUGAUAUUUUUGCAAUAAUAAAGGAAUACUGGGGUCCAAACAGCACCAUGCAGAAUACAAUUAUCAACCUGGUGGAGCAAAUUGUAACAGCCCUGGGGACAGAAUUCAGGAUCUACCUCCCUCAGAUCAUCCCCCAAAUACUGAAAGUCUUCAUGCAGGAUUCUAGUGAGAACAGGGCAGUGACUGGCAAGUUGCUGAAUGCCCUACAGUUGUUUGGAGCCAAUCUUGAUGACUAUCUCCAUCUUCUCCUCCCUCCUGUGGUCAAAUUAUUUGACAGCCCUGAUGUGCCUCUGUCUGUUAAAAGAACCGCCCUAGAGACUGUGGACAAAUUGACGUACACCCUUGAUCUGACGGACUUUGCAUCACGUAUCAUCCACCCUCUAGUAAGGACACUGGAUUCUGUACCGGAGUUACAAUCCUCUGCAAUGGAUACGCUGUGUGCCAUGGUGAUACAGCUGGGACCUAAGUUCAACAUCUUCAUUCCAAUGGUCCAGAGAGUCAUACAGAAACACAAAAUCGCUCAUCAAAGAUACUUCAUACUGAUGGCUAGAAUUCUCAAGGCUUCCACUAUUGCUGAAGAAGAAGAUGACCCGAUUCUGCUGAAGCACAAGAAGAAUCGUGGGAAGACAUCUGAGUCUAGUGAUACCCUGGCAGACACGGCUGUCAUUAAAAAGCUGCAUGUCAGUUUUACUAACCUUCAAAAGGCUUUAGAGGCAGGGAGAAAGGAAUCUAAGGAAGACUGGAUGGAAUGGCUGAGAAGACUUAGUAUAGAACUCCUGAAGGAGUCCCCCUCCCCAGCUCUCCGCUCCUGCUGGGCACUGGCCCAGACUUACAACUCACUGGCAAAGGAUUUAUUCAAUGCUGCUUUUGUGUCGUGUUGGACAGAGUUAACAGAGGCUCAGCAAGAUGAACUCAUUCUCAGUCUUGAGCAAGCUCUAACAUCUCAGGAGAUUCCUGAGAUCACCCAGACUUUGCUAAAUCUCGCAGAGUUCAUGGAACACUGUGAUAAAGGCCCAUUGCCCUUAGACACCUCACUGUUGGGUUCCCGGGCCAUGAAGUGCCGAGCAUAUGCUAAAGCUCUACAUUACAAGGAAGAAGAGUUCCACAGGGGUCCUACUACAGCUACCCUGGAAUCUUUGAUCAGCAUUAACAACAAGCUUCAGCAGCCUGAGUCAGCGUCUGGUGUUUUACAGUAUGCACAGAAUCACAGAACUGAUGUGAAGGUACAGGAGAGCUGGUAUGAGAAACUCCACGAAUGGAACAAGGCUUUUGAGGCUUAUGAGAAAAAGCAGGAGGAGAAACCAGAUGACUUCAACCUUACACUAGGCAGAAUGAGAUGCCUCGAGGCCUUGGCAGAAUGGGGCCAGCUCCAUCAGAUAGCAUGUGAGAAGUGGGGAACCAGCAGUGAUGAAAACAGGACAAACAUGGCUAGAAUGGCAGCUUCUGCUGCUUGGGGGCUUGGUCAGUGGGACAGUAUGGAGGAAUACAUGUGUCUGAUUCCUAGGAACAGUUAUAAUGGAGCAUUUUAUCGAGCUGUAUUUGCUCUCCACACGGAAAACUACCAACUUGCUCAACAGUGUAUUGACAAAGCUCGGGAUAUUCUUGACACAGAGCUAACAGCCAUGGCUGGAGAAAGUUAUAAUAGGGCUUAUGGUGCCAUGGUAAAUGUACAGAUGCUGUCUGAGCUGGAGGAGGUGAUGCAGUUUAAACUGGUCCCCGAGCGCCAGGAGGCCAUUAAACAGAUGUGGUGGGACCGUCUCCAGGGUUGUCAGCGAGUGGUGGAGGAUUGGCAGAAAAUCAUCCAGGUCCGAUCCCUCGUCGUGUCUCCACUGGAAGACAUGAAAACAUGGCUGAAGUAUGCCAGCUUGUGUAGAAAAAGUGGAAGACUGGCAUUAUCACACAAGACUCUGGUAAUGCUGCUUGGUAUGGAUCCAGCUAAAAAUCCGGACAAGCCAAUCCCCACCACCAAUCCACAGGUCACCUUUGCUUUCCUCAAACACAUGUGGAAGAACAACCAAAAGGAUUCUGCUUACAGUAAGUUGCAACACUUUGUUCAGCACUCACUUCAAACUCGAGCUCUCCAGCUCAUAACUCCCGAGGAUACUCAGCAGAGAACACAGCUCAACAAGUUAUUAGCCAGAUGUUAUCUGAAGCUUGGUGAUUGGGCAGAGACCUUGUACGGAGUUAAUGAGGAUUCUGUGACCCAGAUUCUGGAGUAUUACAGUCUGGCCACCGAAUAUGACAAGUAUUGGUACAAGGCCUGGCAUGGAUGGGCUUUGAUCAACUAUGAGGCAGUCUUAUUCUACAAACAGUCAGAGAAGAGUGGUGCUGUCCCUCAAUCCCCUGGGGAUAUUGGCCCAGGGCGGGGUGAUGCCCCUCUCUCACCAAAGAAUGACAGCAAUGUUUCGACCACCUCUAAGAUGCACAAGUACUGUGUUUUGGCAGUUCAAGGAUUUUUCCGGUCCAUUUCUCUAUACCAGCAUAAAAGUUUGCAGGACACUCUAAGGUUGUUGACCCUGAUGUUUGACUAUGGUCAGUGGCCAGAAGUAUACGAGGCAUUAAAUGAAGGAAUCAAGACAAUACAGGUGGAGAACUGGCUACAGGUUAUUCCUCAGUUGAUAGCUAGAAUUGACAUUCCACGCCCCCUUGUCAGUCGACUUAUAAGUCAACUCUUAAUUGACAUUGGAAAAGCACACCCACAGGCCUUGAUCUACCCUCUAACAGUGGCUUCAAAGUCUAAUGUUCCAACUCGUCAGACAGCAGCCAAUAAAAUCCUGAAGAACAUGUGUGAGCACAGCAACACACUGGUACAACAGGCCAUGUUGGUGAGUGAGGAACUGAUUCGAGUGGCCAUCCUCUGGCACGAGUUAUGGCAUGAGGGUUUGGAGGAGGCCUCCAGGUUGUACUUUGGUGAGAGAGAUAUCAAGGGCAUGUUUGCUACACUGGAACCAUUGCAUAACAUGGUGGAACGUGGUCCUCAGACUCUCAAAGAAACUUCCUUUAAUCAGGCUUACGGUCGUGACUUGAUGGAGGCCCAGGAAUGGUGUAGGAAGUACCAGAGAUCAGAGAAUGUCAAAGACCUGACCCAGGCCUGGGAUCUCUACUAUCAUGUGUUCAGGAGGAUUUCUAAACAGCUCCCUCAGCUGACUUCUCUAGAACUGCAGUAUGUCUCCCCCAAACUUCUCCGCUGUCAGGAUCUAGAGUUAGCUGUCCCAGGGAAAUACGAACCCAAUCAACCAAUCGAAAAGAUCCGAAGAUGUCAAAGUUCACUCCAGGUCAUCACAUCAAAACAGAGACCAAGAAAACUCAGUAUAUUUGGAUCCAAUGGUCUGGAAUACAUGUUUUUAUUGAAGGGUCAUGAAGAUCUCAGACAAGAUGAACGUGUCAUGCAGCUCUUUGGAUUGGUUAAUUCUCUCCUUGUAGAAAAUCCAGAGACCUUCAGAAGAAACCUCACAAUACAGCGAUUUUCUGUUAUUCCACUUUCCACUAAUUCGGGUUUGAUUGGCUGGGUUCCUCAUACAGACACUCUUCAUUCACUGAUCCGUGAUUACAGAGAGAAAAAGAAAAUCUUACUGAAUAUUGAACAUAGGCUCAUGCUUAGGAUGGCACCUGACUAUGAUCACCUGACCUUGAUGCAGAAGGUCGAGGUCUUUGAGCAUGCUCUAGAGCACACACAAGGAGAUGACCUGGCUAAAAUUCUGUGGUACAAGAGCCCCAGCUCAGAGGUGUGGUUUGAUAGACGCACAAACUACACACGUUCUCUGGCUGUGAUGUCAAUGGUUGGUUAUGUACUGGGGCUGGGAGACAGACAUCCUUCCAAUCUAAUGCUGGACCGCACGAGUGGUAAAGUGAUUCACAUUGACUUUGGUGACUGUUUUGAGGUUGCCAUGGUGAGGGAAAAGUUCCCAGAAAAGAUUCCUUUCCGUCUGACCCGCAUGUUGAUCAAUGCUAUGGAGGUGACUGGUAUUGAUGGUAACUACAAGAUGACCUGUGAGAGCGUGAUGGAGGUAUUACGAGAACACAAGGACAGUUUGAUGGCUGUACUGGAAGCAUUUGUUUAUGAUCCCCUGCUGAACUGGAGACUUAUGGACACUACAGCCAAGGGAAAAACAAAAACAAAAGACUCGUACUCAGGUGGAAGCCAAGAACAGGCAGACAUGUUAGAGAACGUUGAUAUGAGUCAGACAGCCCAUAAACGCUCGGCCCCUGAGACGGCCAGCUCUGUUAGUGGUGACAAUUUCCAGGCAGAGGUCAUCAACAAGAAAGCACUGUCCAUCAUUAACCGGGUCAGGGACAAACUGACUGGUAAGGACUUCUCCUCUGGGGAUGCCAUUGAUGUCACCACCCAAGUGGAUCUUCUAAUCAAACAAGCCACCUCCCACGAAAAUCUGUGUCAGUGUUACAUUGGGUGGUGUCCAUUCUGGUAGAGAAUCCAAAUCCCACAUGGUUUAACUCUAAUGAAGGCCUCUGCCUCCAAGAAUCUGUAUAUUGUUAUGAGUGGCAUCAAGGCCAUUCUGGUAAUUAAGGUCUUUACCAUUACAUGUCGGUGUUUUAUGAGUGGUGUCCAUUCUUGCAGUAAGUUGCAGGUUGUUUGUACUACUUUAUGAUGUGAUAAUUGUGUUUUUGUGAAAUUUCUUUGUAUUCUAUCUUUAAUAUCUCUGUAAUUUUUAUACAAGUAUGUAUAAAAAUGUAAGCAAAGGCAAAUGACAGAAAAAUUAAUUUGAAGGAAGCUUGGUUUGCAGGAAUAUGAAGAAAGUGAUAUGGGCAUUUUUUAGAAAUUGUAUACAAGAAAAUCAUGGAUUGUUUAAAUAAUUUUUUUAAAAUGCAGUGGUGUGAUGUUUAAAUGAUGUUCUGAAUGUUUAUAAUGAGUUCAAAUUCACUUUGUGAACAACCUUUAAAAUUCAGAUGUUGUUUGUGUAUAUUAAAUGUGAGUGUCGAAUCAAUUCCCCUUUGUUUCAUAUGGCUUUGGUAACUAGUCAUCCAUAUUUAUCUACAUUGUGCGAUACCCUGCAUCUAAAUCAUGUAAGUGCUAAUUUUGUGCUAUAUACAUGUGUAUAUACAUUGUUUUAUGUAUUUUCCAUAUUUAUCAUUGUUACUGAACUUAACAGUGCUGCAAUCUAAUUUAUGAAUGUCUACGGUACAUGUACUUUAUACAUUAGAAUUUUUGUGAAGCAAGUGAUUAAUCAUUUAGACAAAUAUGGUAAUAAAAUUAUACUGUGUCCUUGAACACAAUACACUUCAAUCUGCAAUCUUAAUCAAGCAAACUGUAAAUUGAUACAUUUAAGUGCCAUUAAUUAGUGUUUCCCCUGUAGUGGACUGAAGCCACAUCCCUUUGGAUUAUGCGUCUUUCUUAAAGAACCACGGAUAUUGUCUGUUCGCCUUUGUCUUUAAAAGCAAAAUGGCAUGGAAGAGAUCAAUUUCAAUGAAUCAAAUACAGGUGCAUGUGUACUUCUGUUUAAAAGUUUCCAUAUAUGUAAUAUUCCAGUCAAUUUUUAAAGUAGUACAUGUAUAUUAUUGAGAUAGUGAUACGCCUGCUGUACUUUUCAUUUUGUAUGACGUUGUUUACUAGUAUUAAUAAAAAUACAAUGCAAUACAA